AUGUAUUUCAUAUUUACAUAUUUAUUUUCCAGAUCCUUCCACAACCUUUGUCGGUUACGUUUCCCGAUCCUUCCAUCCCUCUCUUCAUCCUGGAUAUUCUCGAUUUUGUUUGCUUUCUCUCAAACGACAACGUCCCCUUCCUCCUUCCACAGAGCCCCGACCCCGUUUUGUCCGCCGCCCACCACCUCUCCGGCUGCAGCCUCAAGCAGAGCUUCCGAUAAGCUUUAUAGAUCCACUCCACUGACUUCAAGCUGUCGCAUAUGGUCUAUCACCGCUGAUAAAUCUUCAUCUCCGGUGGCGCAAGUUCCGAGGCCUCGAGCAUCCUAUUCUUCUUCGCGUCUACCACCAGGGAUUGGGUGCCACCGUCUAUCAGAAUCGGAGUCGACCUCUUCACCUUCUAAGGCCAUUGUUGCUUAUUUUCAACAGAUGAAGCACCAUACGCGACAGGACGAUGCAGAUGACCAUCGAGUGGGUUCCGAUUCCGGUUCUGACGACGGGAAUGGGAGCUUUUACCACUACGACCACAGUUGCGGUUUUGGUUAUGAGUUUGAAGGAGUCUCCGGUGAUGCCAUUGAGGGUUUGGAUUGUUGGGUAUGCGUUGCAGUGUCUGCUCCAUAUGGUCUGUGCGUCACGAGAAUGUUGAUUUUGCUUCGAGUAGGUUACAGAAUGAUGAUGAGACUAGUGUUGCAAAGCAUCUGGAGUGGUCAAAAUCUGAGUUCUGAGUCACCUCAGUUAUACUGGCUUUGUAUAACGUUUUUGGCAUUUGAUGUGUUUUUUCUGGUUAUCUGUGUUGCUGUGGCAUGUGUUGUUGGCAUUGCUGUUUGCUGCUGUUUACCAUGUAUUAUUGCAAGUUUAUGUCCUGUUGCUGAUGAUCAGAAACGAAAAAGGGGAAUCUUUCGUUCUGCUGGAAAAACUUUUGAGAGGUACUUCAUGUUGAAGACAUUAACAAUUUUCAGCAAACAGUUCCCAAUGUCCUCGGAAAAAGUAUAUUUUAUUUGUACAGCCUUACGAUGCCAUAAUGAUUCAAUAUGCUUAACCGAGUGCAAAGGAGCAGGAUUCGCUGAAGGCGUGUGUAGAUUUGAAUUGAUGGAUAAUCAUCGUUGUUGUUGUAUAAGUCGACACUAA